AUGGAUCGUUCAAACCUGAUCGUCAACUAUCUCCCCACAAGGAUGGAUGAAGAGGCAUUGUUCUCAAUGUUCGAGGCUUUUGGCCCAAUACAGAGCGUCAAAAUAGUUCGUGAUAGACAUACUGGUAACUCGAUGGGCUUCGGAUUUGUCAACUACCGAGACAAUGAGAGCGCCCGUCGUGCAAUUGAAGCGGUGAAUGGCCGAGAAAUCGAAUGCGAUGCUAGUGAGGGCGAUAACGGAAUCAAGCACAUCAAGGUAUGUGUCCGUUGGGAGACCUGCAUGGAAGGCCAAUAUCCAUUCUAA